AUGUCGCUUGAAUUUGUGAAAAGUGAAAAGGGCCAAAUAAGAUUGUUACUAAAUGGAUUUUUAUACCACAAAGACAGUUAUUAUAUGAAUACUGAUAGCACCUAUUGGCGUUGUAUUCAUCAGCGUGAAAAACACUGCACUGGUCGAGUAAUCACAAGCCAAGAUAAGAUCGUAAAGAUUGUUGAUCACAAUCAUAGUGCUGAAGCUUCAUUCAUCGUUAAAGAAAAAGUUGUAGAGAAUUUGAAACAUAGUGCCCUAAAUACUACACUCAGUAGUCAUAAACUCAUUUCUAAUGUUGCUGCUGACAUGUCUGACAGUGUUAUUGCUUUGAUGCCGUCGACUAGUUCAUUAAAAAGAACUUUGCGAAACAUUCGCCAUGAAAAUGAAAAUCAUCCGUCAAAUCCAUUACAUCGAAAAGAUUUUAUCCUUCCGCAAUAUUUUUGUGAGACCGAAAAGAAAGCCGAUUUUUUAUUGUACGAUAAAGGAGCUGUGGAGAAUCGUAUGCUCAUUUUUGGAACCCAGGAAAAUUUGCAAUUGUUAGCCAGUGCUGAGCAUUGGUAUGCGGAUGGAACGUUCGACUCAUGUCCUUCUAUUUUUGCGCAGUUGUAUACGAUCCAUGCAAAUAUCGAAAAUAGAAUCGUACCAUUGGUCUACGCUUUAUUGCCUGGUAAAUCAGAAGUCGUAUAUCGUGAAAUGCUUGAUCAAUUGAUAAACAUCCAGGCAGAUUUGAGUCCUUCAACUGUACUCAUAGACAUGGAAAGAGCUGCGGUUCAAGCAUUUUUAGGCACCUUUCCCGAUGUAUCAAUACGGUUUUGCAAUUUUCACUUCAAUCAAUCAGUCUAUCGGAAAGUCAUGACUUAUAACUUGAAAUCGGUCUAUGACACAGAUGAGAUUUUCGCAAAAAAAAUUAAGCUUUUGGCGGCUCUUGCUUUUGUUCCGAUCGAUAACGUGGAAAAUUUAUUCGAUCGAAUUGUAGACGAAGUGUUUCAAAACCCUGAAAAAGAUGAAGAAAACUUUCUUUUUUCUUUUGAAGAACAAUUCAUUGGUCGCGUUGAUCGACGAGGAAACAGACGACCUGCAAAUUUUCCAAUAGAAUAUUAG